CUUUCCGAUAUUUUACUCACAUGCUUCAGACACGCUCAAAGUUGAACAUCGUAAGUUGUAGGUUCAAAGACGGUACUUCCUCACCUCUAGCGUAUUGGAUUUACCGGUAAACAAUUAUGAAUACCGUAUGAUUCGACGUGAUUAUCGUUAUCCGGCUGAAGUUAUACAGGGUGAUUCAUUUCAGUGUUUUAAUUUUAUUUGUGGAUGGGUGAUUUAAGGAUGUCCGAAACAAUUCUAGAAGAAGCAUCGCACAUAGAAACAGUUUUUGAUCACUCUGACAAUGAAAAAGAUACAUGCGAGAACCAAUAUAAAGAAGAAAAAGAUCUAGAAUUUGAUGAGGAGUUUAGUUAUCGCGAGCAUGCCAGAAUUUUCAGCAGGGAGGUACUGGAAUAUUUCUACAGUUCCAUCAGAUUGGGCAAGGACUUGGAAUACGAAGAACGCUGUGCAAAAGCUAAACAACUGCUCCCAUACAAAGAUGCACCUCCAUUUCUUCAACACAACCCAUUCAUCCAAUCGGGAUAUAGAGGAAUUCUGUCUACAGAACAUUGCAUCGAUAGUGUCUUCUGGUGGACCAACGAAUCGAUCAACAUUUGGUCUCACCUGUUCGGCUUGUUGCUGUUCACCGGUAUAGCGAUUAAUGAUCUGUUCAUACUGAAAGUAGAGGCUUCUUUUUCGGACAAAUUCAUCGUAGCGUCUGUUUUGGUUUGCUUCAUGAUCUGCAUGUCGAUGUCGUCUAUCUACCAUACGUUCAACUGUAGAUCACAUAGAGACUGUGAUAUAUUUCUCACAUUCGAUCUGUUUGGGAUAGCUUUAUCUCUGCUGGCAAUCUACACAUCAGGGAUUUAUUACGCAUUUUGGUGUGAUUCUGACCUACAGAAUUUCUACAUGAGCACGGUGACUUUCAUCUUCUUGAUAGCCAUGCUGUUGCAAGUGCCCCAUUUUCAAGUCGACCCGUUCAUCAAGAUGUUCGUGUUUGUGGCUUGGGCAGCUUAUGGAGUCGUUCCAACUUUCCAUUGGACUCUCAUCAUGGGAGGCUGGGAUAAUCCCAUAGUUUCUCUAUUACUACCUAGGGUUCUAGGAAUGUACAUCAUCACAGGGACAGCCUUCUUGAUAUACAUCACAAAAAUACCGGAGCGUUUUUCAAAUGGACGUUUCGACUUUAUAGGACACUCUCAUCAAUGGUGGCAUUUCUUCGUGGUGUUGGCUCUUUAUUAUUGGCAUAACACGGGAAUGAUGUAUGUUGACUAUAGAUUGAAUCAUGGCUGUGCUAAUCAUAUGAGAUUACCUUGAUGAGAUGGGAAUUAGUACGAGAAAGCUUCAGUAUUUAUUCCAACCUAUGAGAUAGGUGGAUGAGAUUUUAAAUGAGGAGAUUGUGAUUAGGCAAAUUCUGUUGUGUCUAUAUAGUAUUAUGUGUACAGUUUUGAUUGUUUUGGGAAUUUAUGUACAGUUGUUGAUUGUUUAUACCUAUAUGUACGAAAAUAAAGAAUAUACAUUCUUGA